CCUCUCUCUCUCCCUCUGCCCACCAAAGGCAAAGGCAAAGCGAACCUUGGUCACAGAGCUAGAAAGGCAGCGCCUCUUUCUUUCUUUCUUUUCCAGCACCGCGCGCGCGCGGAGACGCACAGCACAGGCGCACGCACUCGUCUUUCGCUUCUCGCCUCGUCGAUCGCUUUUUGGAUUCUUCCCAAGCGAGAGAGAGAGAGAGAGAGAGAGAGGGAGAGAGGGGCAUCGCCUCCUGUCUGCCCCCAUUGGCCCAAGCGCACCACCCCCCUUUGUGGAAUCCUAAAUUCUUGCCUCCUCCCCACCUCCACUCUCCUCUCUGCUUCUUCUUGCCAUGCGCCGCCGCCGAGGGACGAGGGUCAGUGUGGGCUCUGUUUGUGUGGGUGGUUUGUGGUUGUUGUCGUUGUUGUUGCUGCGGCGUAGGUCAGGUGUUUGAUUGUUUGAUCGUGAGGGUUGGGGGGGGGGGGUGCGUCUCGGGGUUGUGUGUGUCGCAGGUGGUGGUGAUCGCGCGCGUGGGGUUGGGGGUGGGGUGGAUGGGAGCUCAGGCAAUGUCGUCGCACCAAGGGAGCGGGGGCGUGUCGAGGCAGGGGUCGCUGUGCGGCCUCGCGCUGAGCGAGGUGGAGGGGCAGCUGCACGGCGUGAACCUCGACGACCUGCUCCGUACGGGUGGCGGUGGGGCGGGGGCGGGGGCGGCGGCGGCGGGGAGGAAGACGGUGGACGAGGUGUGGCGGGACAUACAGGGCGCGACGGGCAACGGCUUCCUGCGGCCGGCGGGGGCAGCGGCAGGCCAGAUGACGCUCGAGGACUUCCUGUCCAGGGCCGGCGCGGACUCCGGGAGCGGCGGCGGCGGCGGCGCCGACGGCGCGCGCUGGGCGCGCGCGCACCACCACCACGUCGGGCGCCCCGUGCCACGGCCCCUCGGGCUGGGCGCCGGGCCGGUGCUGGACGCGCUGUACCACGACGGCCCGGUGUCAGGGAGUAAGCGCGCCCCCGCCGCGGGUGAGGGCGCCGCCGCGGAGAAGACGGUGGAGCGGCGGAAGAAGCGGAUGAUCAAGAACCGCGAGUCGGCAGCGAGGUCGCGCGCCAGGAAGCAGGCGUACACGAACGAGCUGGAGAACAAGAUCUCGCGGCUUGAGGAGGAGAACAAGCGGCUCAGGAUGCACAAGGCACCUGAACCGGUAGUGCAGUAUGUGCCGCAACAGGAGCCAAAGAAUCAGCUCCGGCGGGUUAACUCGGCCGACUUCUGAAUCAUGUUAAUAGUAGAAGUAAGCUGCCCUGGAAUUAAAGGUGGUUCAAGCUGUAACUGCCAUGUUGAAAAUUACUUAGCUAGUAAGAACACCCUUUUCUCUGCAGUCUCCAGAUUGUUGGGUGCUGUUGCAAGAGUGUUGUACUCCUAACUUGUGGUUUAUGCAGCCGCAGCCUAGCUUUCCUCCCGCUGGUGCAAUGCUUUCUGUAGCCUGUGAUUGCAAGAGUGCCCCAGAUAAACUGUAAUGUUACCGUAUUCAAAAUGGGAAAAUGGCAAUGCUAGUCCAAAA